CACAUUUACCUACUUACUUUAUACGACUACCAACAUGACGAUAAAAUAUUAUAAUAUUCUAGAUGUUUGUCAAAUCAGCUUGAAAUCCAUCCGACAACGACCAACUGACGGUCUUUUGGGCAUGAUAAUCAACCUGACUUUUUUAUGCAUCACGGCAACAUCCAUCUUAUUAAUAUUAAUUCUAUUUUUCGAGAUUAAUGGAGACAUUGAUAAACUGGCUAAAGCUGCUGAGUCUUUGAGUACUUAUAGUCAAGUUUUCAUCAAAAUGGUACCUUUACUACUGCAUCGUAAGCGCAUUGCAAACCUCUUUAAGAUUACCAGACACUUCUGGAAUCCAGAGGACUUUCCAGAUGUCCUGCCUACUGCAGAAAGAAUAUACAAAAACACCUAUUAUUUUCUCUCCGGCUACCUAGUAUUAAUAUACCUCACUUUGGUGAUUUUCUACGUUCAACCAUUUUUUAAGCUAGAAUUGAUGAUGGUUUGCCAUGUACCGGAGCAGAUACCAUAUGCAUUUUGGAUAAUACUAAUUCUUCAAUACCCUACGGCGUUUAUGUCGGCAUCGUCGAUGGGUGGCUUUGAUACCAUGUAUGUUGCUUUCUUUACGCACUUGGUGGUUCAACUGAAGUGCUUGAACAGCGCCAUUAGAAACAUGAAAGUUGAUAGUCACGAUUUUAAUAAGACUUUGAAGAAAAAUAUUGACCAUCAUCGAUUUAUCCUGGCCAUUGCUCAAGAAUUGAUGGAUAUUGUUGCAAUUCCUUUGUUGGGGUUGUAUAUAUUCGUAACUUUUUUGACGUGCAUGGAGUUGUAUUUACUUUCUGACAGCUUUGGAAGUCCAAUGAGACUUAUUCUAAGUGCUUGCUAUUCCUUGGCAUUAUUGUUUCAGUUUGCUUGUUACUGUUUUUCAGCAACUGAGUUCACUGAAGAGGCAAGGCUUUUAAGUGAAAGUGCAUACGCCAGCAAGUGGUAUGAUGGCACACCAAGUCAACAAAAAAUGAUAGGAUAUGUUAUGAUGAGAGCCGAGAAAGAAUUCAAGUGCACUGCUGCAGAUUUAGUCGAAAUCAAUCUGCGUGCAUUCAUGAACGUAAUAAAAACAUCAGUAUCUUUUUAUACUUUGAUGAAACAAUUUAAAGAAGCGUAAAUUGUCAGGGUUCAUUUUUGCACGCUGAGCACUCGAUUAUUAUGAUCCACAGACGAAUGAAGAUAUAAUUAAAAUUCACAUAAAUUAAUUAGGAAUUAAGCAUUAGUUUUUGUUGCAAAUUAUUUUUAGGAGCAAUUGAGGUAUUUCACUUCGAGGGUUCACUCUUAAAAAUGGAAGAUAUAUUUUCGACUUAUUCUUUAAGUUUAAUGUAAAGCAAAUUAUGUAGAUAAACUUUAAUAUUUCAAUAA